UAAACAAUAUUCAGCCACCGAUUUGGAGGCUUUUAUGAAAAUCGCCGUCAAUUGGCAGAAUAGUAAUCACAAUUUGUUGGAAGGAGUCGAUAUAAAAGGAGAAAUGCAGCAAUACAUGAACAGUCCUGCCAUGAAUAUGUACAAAAAGCGUGAGCGCACACAAAACUGGAAUCAUCAGGAGAAGAAGUUCUUGCUUGACUUGUGUCGCAAGGACAUGCGGAUUAUCGAAAACAAAAGACUCGAUGCGGGGUUGACGGCGGUAAAGAAUAAAGCCUGGAAGAUAAUACAUCAGAAAUUCUCAAGUCAAUUUGGUACAGAUCGCACCUGUAAUCGCUUGAAGGAGCAAUGGCGGCGCAUGAAAGCUUGCACGCGUAACGAAAUUUUAGACUAUAAUAAUCGUUUGGCCAGAUUUGGUGCAGAGGUCGCUGAUCGCAAGAAGCCAUCGCCAUUCACAUUCGAAGUUUGGGAAUUCAUGCAGGAGGCCAAGAAAGCUUGCAAAUCAGAAGCUUUGGAUGGAAUUGACUACUCAAAGAUACCGUUGGCGCUUGAAGAGGAUUACGAAUAUCGCGAAGAUGAACAAAAUGGCGAGGAUGAUCACGAUAUGGAUGACAGUCGCACCCCACCACAGGAGCUCUGCGAUGUCGACAUCAAAGAGGAAACCAAUGAGACCUUCAACGACACCGUCAACAAUCACCAUGAAUCACUGGCGGCCGGUGAACGCCGUCCCUCCUCCUCUUCGCCGAACCUCAGCCGCCUGGGCGCACACGAUCUCGAACGCGCCAGCCUACACAGUCCAGCUGGUAAUUUGGCGACGGCCAGUGAACUCACCAACUCCAGCUUUCUCACACAGAACGGUGCAAGUGGCGGUGGUGCAGCGAUCGGUGGCAGCGCCGGCGACAUGGGCGCCUUCCAGCCUGCCUUCAACAUGAGCAACAUCUCCGCCACAUUGGAAGCGUUGAAUGCGUUACGUACCGGGCAAUUUCCCUCGGCAGCCGCCGCCGCUGCAGCUGCCUUACAGAAUAAUUUCGCUGCCGCCGCCGCGCAGCAACAUAGCCAACAGCAUCAGCAACAACAGCAAAUGACAACACCAAGCAGCAACGACCAGCCACUGGUUAAGCGUCCGCGCAGCUCGAGUGGCAGCGGUAAUGGCGAAGAGGUGUUGCAUGAUUUGUCAAUGAAUGGCGCCGCUGCCGCUGCCAUAGCCAACACAGCAACCUCACAGCUGGGCGGCAGUGCGUUGGGUAUUGCGCCUAGUAGCACGCCUGAGAUGCGCGCCUUCAUGGAUAUGCAGAGCAAAGAGCAUUUGAUGCGCAUGAAAAUACUCGAAGUGCAACUGCAAGCGGCCAAAUAUAGUCGCGAUCUUGUCGAGAUCAAUAAGACAUUGGCGCUGCAGAAGCUGCAGGAGUUGGCCAGCAAGCGUCUGACGAGCUAAGUGCGGCGGAUGGAUAAGUGGGAGGAGUAGACGCGUGUGGAAGCGGAAGUGGAAGUGGAGGAAGUAGUAUUUACGAGAGUUGCUUGCAUGGAAGCGCUGCUGGCGUGCUUUUCGGCGUUGGGAAUGGGAUGUAAGCGGAAAAAGGCAGCAACGUGGCGCGGAGAUAAGCGCUUCAAGUGGCAACCGCUCGUGUUUUCGUACAUACCUACAUACAUAUGUAGCUACAUAUUACUUUUUAUUUAUCAAACGUUUGAAGAAUUAUUAUAGUUUUGUUUGCUCUUUUUUUUUGAAUAGAAACAACAUUCCUGUUAGCGUCAGUUCAAUACAAACCUAAUUUACUGUUAUUAGAAAUAGUUGCUCUUCUUUUGAUUGUUACUGUGUUUGAUGUCACAAAUUUUAAA